UUCCGUUUGCUUUUUGUAUUUGAGCCAGCUGCUGCCAUGUUCGAUUUCUUUCACAACGAUGAGUUCAAUGAGAGUGAUGAGAGUGAGGCACCAAGGAGAAGGCGUCCAACGGCACCGAAGCCAGUAGAAUUUCAAGUGGCUGAGUUGCAGGCUGGUAAGAAGGCACGGGCAGCUGGCGGAUUUGGUGGCAUGGUGACCUUCAAAGAUGGCUUUGCCAUGAACAUGAAAGAAGUACAACAGAAGGAGAUUGUGUUGUUGGGCAAAGUGCUCUUUGGCCGCCAGCGUUUUGCCUUCGAGGUUCAAGAGUUGAAUCGUAGACCUGCAGACGUAAGGAGGAUCUUGAAGAAAGCCAAGGAGAUGGAAGAAGCCAGGUUUGGUCCCUUGGAUGAUUUCGGCUUUGGGGAAGCCAGGGAGGCGAAGGAGAAGACUGAUGAAGUGGCCUGGAUGGAUGUUUGGAAGGCUGAGGAGCUGACGGCCAAGCAUUCAAUCCAAGUGAAAUUUCAAGAUAUUGAGCGAGUGGAUGUGAUCGAUGAUGAGGUCACCUUGAUUUUGAGCAAGGGGCCACAGUGCUACGUGAAACCAGAAGGAGAGAUGGCUAUUGUGAACAUGGAAGUUGCAAAGGACAUUACUGGAGGAGCUCGAAGUAUCAAGUUCAAAACGACUGACUCGACUGCUCAGCAAGAGCAACUGUGCUUUCGAAGUUCUAAGGAGCUCAUGAGCUUCUCGAAAGUUCGCCACAUGGUUUCAGAGCAUUCAUCUCACAUGGAUGCGCUUUUCCGCGGCCAGGUUCCUGUGAAACCAGUUCCAACUCCAUCUCGCAAGAGAAAGGCCGAUGACGCUGGGGCUGUGAAAAAGCCACGGAUGGAUCCCAGCAAACUGUUGGAAGACAUCACAGCGGCCCCAGGAAGCUGGUUGCAGCAGGCAGUGGAACAGUUUCAAUUGAAAGGCAUUUGUGACCGGAAUAUUCCAGACUCACAGUGGAAGCGCUAUGUAGAAGAACGUGAGCUCCUUGAAUCCUUUGACCAAGAUGAUCAUGAAGGAGAAGAAGAAGAGGAGUUUGAAGAGGAUGAAGAAGUUGAUGCUGACAAGAAGGCUUCCAGAAUCCUUUGCAGCAUUCGCGAAUCGGUCGCAGCCACUAUGAACUCCAGUGCUUUGAAGGUGGACGCUGAAGCCUUUGCAAGAGGUGUUUUCAUUCUGUCCAAUGAUUCUGACGACUACGAUGAAGUUGAAGAGCCCAGAAGAGUCUCUAUUCACGCACGCAUCUAUGCUCCCAACGCGACUGGGAACUUCGUGGACCUUUGGUAUACAAACCACCACCGGGAGCGAAUGAGCUUCACAGAAAGAUUCUCUCAUCUCUUUGCAAGCUGCGGUGGUCCCUUCAUGAAAGUUGUCCAUCCUGAAGGUCCCAAAGGGAAGAAGAAAUGCGAGAAGAUCUUUGAUUUGGACUACAACGAGCACCGCCGCAAGAACCCGGUGAAGCAGUCUUUGGCCUCCAACGCGACACUGUGCCAGCUGGGGAUUCAUUUGUUCGGCAGCGAGGCGCUGAGCAACAGGAAGGUCUUCAUGCUGCUCGUGCGAUCGGUGGGUCUUGGCAAGUGGGGUGAAGUGAAUGGGUGGCCCAUUGCCAUGGCACGGCAACGAUUUAAGCGCCGCAAAGAUGAGAGUGAUACGGAUGUCGAAGCCAUUACGGGUGAACAGAUCAAAGAAGCAAAUGUGGGUGAUUGCUGUGUGAUGUGAUUCAGAGAGACAGAACUGCAGAACACGUCUGUUAUGAUGUGUUGGGGCAGCUGGAAGCGUCCCUUGGGGUGUAAGGCUUGCUUUCAGUGCUAUGGCUGGCCUCCGGGUAGCAAGGCCAAUCAAUGGGUGAACGUGUACAGAUUGUUUCUUAGCUAUGGUGGGCACCGCCAUCGUUUUGUGAUGGCAUAAGAGGUUGUAGAAGCAGAUUCAGCAACUGUCAAGUCGCAGACUGAAGGAGCGAAAGUUAGCUCGCUUGUGGCGUUCCAUUUCUCUCCACUCAAGUAGCGAGCAAACUGUGCUAGACAUUUGUUCAUGAAUGCUGCC